GCAGGGUGGGCGUGGCCAGCUGCCAUUUAUGAGCAUCGGACGGAGCUGGGAGGCACAGUGACAGCUGCACGGACACGAGUGAGACUGAAGCCAUGUCGGGAACGCAGAGCAUCGAGGUCUAUGUGGUGUACUGUGGCGCCUGAGGGUACCGCCCUAAGUUUCAGCAGUUGAAGAAGGAACUAGAGAAGAGGUUCCCCGGCCUGCUGAGAAUUGAUGGCGAAGGUACUCCAACGUCCACAGGGAAGUUCGAAGUGUCCGUUAAUGGGAAGCUUGUGCACUCAAAGAAGAAUGGAGACGGUUUUGUGGACAGCAGUGUGAAGCUACAGAAGAUUGAGGUCGCCAUUCAGGCUGCCAUGAAGGGAUGCUAAAAUUGGGAACGUAAAGAAGUUUACUGUGUUAGUAGCAAAGGUGUGGAUGAACUCUUGUUUCUUUCAUCUUAGCCGAGCACUUAAUGACGGGAAAAGCUAAAACGCCAGCGAGCGGGGCCACUCCCAGAUAAAGCUGUGCAGUACACCAAGAUGAACCCAACGACAGUCUCACCGAUUUUUUGCUUCUACACAUUUUUUUUUUUUAACACUUUAUUCUCAGGAUUAAUAAAUGAUUUCAUAAAUAU